UUUGUUGCAGUUCCACAGAUGGAUUGUAUUGUUUGUUGAAAAAUUGAACUUACUUAACUCUAUUGCAAUGAAUACGUUGUUUGUGAGUCUCAUAGCAAUCUUCAAUACCUACCUGAUGGGGUUUCAAAUUAUUUUGGACGACAUCAACGAGUCUGUGCAGGAUUUAUUCGAGCAAAUCGACAAAGAGAUUAUCGAAGCUAUGAGUGAAAUCCAAGGAGCACCCGAAUAUAAGCGAAACGUGAAGGAUGUGCUUUUCUUUAAAUUCCUAAAACAGAAAUUGGCUGCCCUGAUUCGUAAACAUGCUGACGCGUUGAAUCAUUUGAGCCAGUUGAAAACAUUCUUCGAAAUCAGCUUCCUUUUCAUGUUUUACGGACAGUUGGUGACUAUGGGAACAGGAAUCGUUUACCUAACAUGGCGAAAAUCGUCUUACAAUAUUUUACUACCUUUAGUAGGCUGCCUAGUUACAAUUACGGUAGAAUGUUUUUGGUACUGCAGAAUGAUUGAAAAGUUAAGCGAUGCGAACAAUAAUAUCGGAGAUUCGUUGUACAACUUAGACUGGCCUCAGCGACUAUGUUACAAGCCUGCCAUUCGAAAGGACUAUCGAGAGAUACGGACAACGUUUCUAAUUAUUUUGACUAACUCACAGCAGAAUAUCGACAUCAGUUGCGGCGGGUUGUUUAAUAUGUCGCUUGCUGCUUUUGCAGAGUUUCUUAAUAUGGUGUACAAUUUGUUCAUGUUUUUCCUGACAGUUAUUUAA